GCGCAGCAAAUUACACUUUCGCGUCUUUCGUUUACAAGAAAUAGUCUGUUUUGUUGUGUACGGUCUGUUCAUGAGGGAGAAAAAGCCCAAAGGCUCACAAUCCGCAAAACGGGGAUUUCUUUACAAUCAGGCGUGAGUUGGGCCAACCCCAAAGGCAGGGUGAGAGGUCAGGCGAAGGGGGCCUUCCUUUUUCCUCUCCCUUCCCCCACCGCCUGACAUGCCAACCCAGCAGUCGGCGGCGUAGCAGCUGCGCAAAAGGUUCCUCAGCUUGCUCGUUUUUCCUUUUGUGUUCAUUCUGAAGCCCCAGGAUGGAGUUUGAACUCCUGGAGAAUGAUAUUCUGGAGGCUCUAGAAGACCUAGGUUACAAAGGUCCAUUGUUAGAAGAUGGAGCUCUUACCCAGGCAGCUUCUGGCGGAGCUGCUUCCCCUGAAUACACCAAACUCUGUGCUUGGCUUGUGUCAGAAUUAAGAUUAUUUUGCAAACUAGAAGAAAAUGUGCAAGCAACUAACAGUCCAAGCGAAGCAGAUGAGUUCCAGCUUGAAAUGAGUGGAUUACUGAGUGAAAUGAACUGCCCAUAUACAACAUUAACUUCAGGAGAUGUCACCAAGCGCCUUCUCAAUCAGAAAAACUGUCUGCUGGUACUCACAUACCUCAUCUCAGAAUUGGAAGCUGCUAGAAUGCUGUGUGUGAAUGCUCCUCCAAAAAAAACCCAGGAGGGCAGUGGCAGUGAAGUCUUUCAGGAACUAAAGGGCAUAUGUAUUGCUUUAGGCAUGUCUAAGCCUCCAGCCAACAUAACUAUGUUCCAGUUCUUCAGUGGGAUAGAAAAAAAGUUGAAAGAAACAUUAGGGAAGGUUCCGCCAAAUCAUGUAGGAAAACCUUUACUGUCAAAGCCGCUGGGUCCAGUUCAUUGGGAAAAAAUUGAAGCUAUUAAUCAAGCCAUAGCCAAUGAAUAUGAAGUUCGAAGGAAAUUAUUAGUGAAGCGUCUGGAUGUCACUGUUCAGUCUUUUGGCUGGUCAGAUCGAGCAAAGAGUCAGACGGAGAAAUUGGCUAAAGUCUAUCAGCCAAAGCGUGCCAUCUUAUCUUCUAAGUGCACUAUAUCUGUUGCUCACCUCUUGGCAGCUAGGCAAGACUUGUCAAAGAUUAUGAGAACUAGCAGUGGUUCUAUCAGAGAGAAGACGGCAUGUGCCAUUAAUAAGGUAUUAAUGGGCCGAGUACCUGACAGAGGUGGUAGACCCAAUGAAAUUGAACCACCACCCCCAGAGAUGCCACCAUGGCAAAAAAGACAAGAUGGUCCUCAGCAGCAAAGUGGUGGAGGCCGAGGUGGUAGAGGUGGCUAUGAAUCAUCGUAUGGAGGCCGUGGAGGUUAUGAACAUGGGGGUCAUGACAGAGGAGGACGAGGAGGAUAUGACCAAGGUGGUUAUGAGAGAGGAGGCAGAGGCGGAUAUGACUCAUCAUACGGAAGUCGAGGUCAUGAACAUGGGGGUCACGAACGAGGAGGACGAGGACGUGGUUAUGACCAUGGAGGCAGAGGGGGAGGAAGAGGAGGCAAGCCUCAAGGAGGCUGGACUGAUGGUGGUGGAAGUGGCUAUCAAGAUGUCAACUAUAGGGACAGUAACUACAGAGAAACCAACUUUCAAACUGGGGGUUACCAUGGUGGUGGUGGCAGCAGCGGUUACCAAGGAGGUGGCUAUGGUGGUUACCAAUCUUCGUAUUCAGGAAGUGGCUAUCAAGGUGGUGGUGGAAGCUACCAGCAAGACAACAGAUACCAAGAUGGGCAUUCUGGUGAACGAGGAGGAGGCCGUGGAGGAGGGAGAGGAGGCCGUGGGGGCCGAGGAGGCCGUGGUGGGCAAGGUGGUGGCUGGGGAGGAAGAGGUGCACAGAACUUUAAUCAAGGUGGGCAAUUUGAGCAGCACUUCCAGCAUGGGGGUUAUCAGUACAAUCAGUCUGGAUUUGGGCAGGGAAGACAUUUCACAAGCUGAGGCUUCAAACAUUUAUAUUUUGGCAGAGCUCAACUAAUAGACAUCUGUUCUUAGCUUUUUUUUUUAAAUUAGUACCAGAUCACAUAUGACAGGCAACUUCUGGAAGAUUAUCUUAUCUAUCUGAAUGUGCAGAUAGGUCUGGUGCUGUCUAAACUUUUAGUGCAGCUUUUCUUCAAGACUCUUUAGAACAGUAGCCAUAGUUCUGUGUACUAAAGAAAUCUAGAGAGUUGGGAGUACCUGUCAACACCUGCAGUAUGAAAAACAGCCUGCCAUUUUUUACAUAGGCUCCUGGUUUUCUUUUAAAAUCUUGCACAAUUUAAGCUAUUUUCAACAUUGCUUUCACUCUGACUUCCCCCUAGCCAGCAAGCUGAUCCCAAACGUAGGUUGUAAAACAGCAGAUAAGUGUGAAGUUAAUUGAGCAUAACUCCCAUUAAGGUCAGUUGGAUUUAUGCAUUUUUAACUCUGCAGAAUUACAGCCUACUUCAAUUGGCUUGUGCCUAUUAUAUGAGCUCUGCUGCUGACAACUUGUCUCUCACUGAUUGAAAACCCUACCAUAUGUCCGCACCAGAUAACCUGACCGCUGUCAUACCAUGCAAAGGUCAUAUAUCAAACCAAGCUAAGUUGUGAACAGGUAAUAUAUAUAGCCUUGUGCUUCAGCAUAAUUCAGUUUCAUACAAACAGUUGAUCCCCAUCCCUCACCCUGACCAACUUAAAUUUUACUUGAAAUUAGCUAGCAGUAACGGCAGUCUGAAACUUGUUUUAUGCACGAGUUAUCAGCAAAUGCUGGAUGGUUCCAUUUUGACAUCGAAUUUAAGACAAAAUGCUUCAGCUGGGUUGGUUACAUUUUUCUUUAUGAAAAGUUGCAUCAAGUGCGCCUUGCCUGGUUUUUUUGUGCGUGUGUGCGUGCGUGUGUGCAUUGUAAAGCUGUGAAAGAAAAUGGCUGAAGGUGUGCUGUUGUAUAAAGGUGAGCAAUAAAAGCAUCUGUUCUCUUA